GAAACACAGACUGACAAGAACUCAAAGUGCCUUUUCCCCGGUUGUGUUCAGCCCCCUCUUCACAGGUGAAACAGUGUCACUGGUGGACGUGGACAUCUCUCAGCGAGGACUGACCUCCCCUCACCCUCCAACUCCUCCUCCUCCACCACGAAGAAGCCUCAGCCUGCUAGAUGAUAUCAGUGGGACGCUGCCUACAUCUGUCCUAGUGGGUCCAAUGGGCUCUUCCCUGCAGUCUUUCCCUCUGCCUCCGCCUCCUCCGCCCCAUGCCCCAGACGCUUUUCCCCGGAUCGUGCCGCUGCGGCCGGCGGAGACCAUGGGCCAACCUCCCCCACACCUGCAGUGCCCUCUCUACCGCCCUGACUCCAGCAGCUUUGCUGCCAGCCUGAGGGAGCUGGAGAAGUGUGGGUGGUACUGGGGCCCCAUGAACUGGGAGGAUGCUGAGAUGAAGCUGAAGGGGAAACCAGAUGGAUCCUUCCUGGUCCGAGACAGCUCCGACCCUCGGUACAUCCUGAGCCUCAGCUUUCGCUCCCAGGGCAUUACCCACCACACCAGGAUGGAGCACUACAGAGGAACCUUCAGCCUGUGGUGCCAUCCCAAGUUUGAGGACCGCUGCCAGUCUGUGGUGGAGUUCAUCAAGAGAGCCAUCAUGCACUCCAAAAAUGGGAAGUUCCUCUACUUCCUGCGCUCCAGGGUUCCAGGUCUCCCACCAACACCUGUCCAGCUGCUGUAUCCAGUCUCCAGGUUCAGCAACGUCAAAUCCCUUCAGCACCUUUGCCGCUUUCGGAUCAGGCAGCUGGUCCGGAUCGACCACAUUCCCGAGCUCCCACUGCCCAAGCCCCUGAUUUCCUACAUCCGCAAGUUCUACUACUACGACCCGCAGGAGGAGGUGUACCUGUCCCUCAAGGAGGCUCAGCUCAUCUCCAGACAGACGCAGGAGCCAGAAUCCUCCACGUAGCAGGGCUGCCCUGGCUGUGCUGCUGUCACUCAUG